UGUGUCAUGUUAGUAUAUCCGUGAAGGGUGACUGUCUUCCAUAUUAACCGAGGUUUGGGUAAAGAUAGUUAUUUUUUAAGACUUUUUAAUUCAUUUUUUAAAUUGACGUAAAAAAAUCUAGUUAUUAUCUCCGCCCGGUUUCUUUAAGUGUAGCAAAGCGGUGAGCCCCUUUGUCAAUCAUAGGACUACUGUGCGUGGCCACUCCCCUUCCUGCAGCGAGAUGGGGAGAACAGACGAGGAGCGUCGGCAAGGAAACGGAUGAAAAUCUGAGCGAAAAUAAGUGAUGACAUUUAACAGGAAGAAAAAUGGGAUAACGAGUCGAAACGAACAAUAAACCACCCGGGAUCCCCAAAAGGAGCGGGAUAAAGGGGCAUCGCAAAGAAAACGAACUGAUACAGUUGGGCUGGCAGUUGGGCCUCUAGCGAUGGUGGAACCAGUGGGGUUUGUGGAGGCCUGGAAGGCCCAGUUCCCAGAGUCUGACCCCCCCAAGAUGGAGCUGAAUUCGGUGGGGAGCAUCGAGCAGGAACUGGAGCGGUGCAAGGCCUCCAUCCGGCUCCUGGAGGUGGAGGUGAACAAGGAGCGCUUUCGGAUGAUCUACCUGCAGACGCUGCUGGCCAAGGAGCGUAAGAGCUACGACCGUCAGAGAUGGGGGUUCCGGAGGGUGUCCCACACGGGCGACCCCGUCCAGCAGACCCCGCCCCACAUGCAGGACCAAGCCCUGGGAGACUGGGGAAAACAGAGGCCUGCACCUGCCAGGAAACACUCUUAUCACGGUGAAGGGGUGGAGCCCCCUACUGGAGGGGAGGUGCUACUGCACAGGGAGUUGGGCGAGGCAGAUGGGGCAUCGCCGUCCAAACAGAGGGGUGGCGUCCCCUCCUCACGAAGGCCCCCUGACAAAGACACGCCCCCUACAGACCCCUCGUCGAAAGAUCGGCCGGGCAUGGGCCUGGGCGUGGCCGCGCUGAGGUCCAACUUCGAGCGGAUCAAAAGGGCCAACUCGCACUCCUCAGGGGAGGGGAAGGCUGGGCUGGAGUACCACCACGAGCGGGGCGUGGUCCGCGGGAGCGACCGGGACGCCAGCACCCAGAUCGAGCGCAAGCGUUCCAUGCACUCGCUGCCCGGAAACCUGGCCACCGUCGCCACGGCGACGACCGCCAUGACGACGGGGGACCUCCUCCUCCGCAGGCCUGUCCACAGGGGUCGGUCGGUGGAGAGCCACGAGGACGGCGACGGGCCCCCGCCAAGGUUUCCCAGGGACGCCGCCGGCACCGCCAGACCCAACGGCGGCAAGCAGCCGCACGCGCCCCCCCCUCCCUGGCAGCCGUCCGACUUCCCGCCGUACACCAGCGUGUACGUGGGUGGGGUCGGGGACGGGGGCGGGCUGGCCUGGGCGCGCCGGGCGUACUCUCCGGGGAGCCUGGAGGACGGGGUCGGCGGCGGCGGGGGCGGCUACACGCCCGACUGCAGCUCGAACGAGAACCUGACGUCCAGCGAGGACGACUUCUCGUCCGGGCAGUCGAGCCGCGUGUCGCCGAGCCCUACGGCCUACCGCGGCGGGGCCUUCCCGCGCGAGGAGAAGAGCCGCUCCCCCUCCCAGAACUCCCACCAGUCGCUGGACAGCAGCAGCCCGCCCACGCCGCAGGGCCAGCGCCGCCACCGGGGGGCGCCGCACGUGCUCGUGCCGGGCCCCGAGGCCGGCCUGCCGGGAGGGAGCAGCAGGAAGUCCGUCCACGUCUGGGCCGGCGACGCGGACAGGGCCCUGCGUGACAACAGUUACCACGGAGACCUGGACGGGCCGCUGGGGGGGACUCCUCCUCCGUACGGGUACGACGCGGAGCGGGCGGAGGAGCAGCGCCGUUUCCAUGACAUGAUGCCGUACAUCGACGACUCGCCGUGCUCCUCCCCCCGCCUCAGCUCCCGCAGCCGCAGCAGCCGCGACACGCUCUCCUCGGGGUCCCUGGAGUCCGCCAAAUCCGCGGAGCUGGACCUGGAGAAGGGUUUGGAGAUGAGGAAGUGGGUGUUAUCUGGGAUCCUGGCCAGCGAGGAGACCUACCUCAGCCAUUUGGAGGCGCUGUUACUGCCCAUGAAGCCUUUGAGAGCCGCUGCCAGCACCUCCCAGCCGGUGCUCUCUCUCUCCCAGAUCGACACCAUCUUCUACAAAGUGCCUGAGCUCUACGACGUCCACAAGGAGUUCUACGACGGCCUCCUGCCCAGGGUGCAGCAGUGGAACCACCACCAGUGUGUGGGCGACCUUUUCCACAAGCUGGCCAGCCAGCUCGGCCUGUACCGGGCCUUCGUGGACAACUACAAGGUUGCCGUGGAGACGGCGGAGAAGUGUUGCCAGGCCAAUGUGCAGUUCGCCGAAAUCUCUGAGAACCUGAAGGUCAGGCCGACUAAAGACUGCAAAGAGCAGCCGACCAAGACCACGCUAGAGACUCUGCUGUAUAAGCCAGUGGACAGAGUGACGCGGAGCACGCUGGUUCUGCACGACCUCCUGAAACACACUCCCUCCAGCCACCCGGACCACACCCUCCUGCAGGACACCCUCCGCAUCUCCCAGAACUUCCUGUCCAGCAUCAACGAGGAGAACACGCCGCACCGGCAGACCAGGAAGGGGGAGAGCAGGCAGCUGCUGAAGGACAGCUUCAUGGUGGAGCUGGUGGAAGGAGCUCGCAAACUGCGCCACAUCUUCCUGUUUAACGACCUGCUGCUCUGCACCAAGCUGAAGAAACAGACUGCAGGGAAGACCCUGCAGUAUGACAGCAAGUGGUAUAUCCCGCUCUGUGACCUCACCUUCCAGGCGGGGGAGGAGACAGACGCUCCGCCCAUCCCCCAGGUCCCAGACGAGGAGAUCGACGGCAUGAAAGCGAAGAUCUCCCACUUGAAGGCUGAGAUUCAGAGAGAGAAGGCGGCUAGCAAAGGGGUGAAGGCGGUUGAAAGGAUGAAGAAGAAGCUCUCGGAGCAGGAGUCCCUCCUGCUGCUGUCUUCCCCACACAUGGCCCUGAGGGUACACAGCAGGAGCGGCAAGAGCUACGCGUUCCUGAUCUCCUCGGACUACGAGCGCGCGGAGUGGAGGGAGACCAUCCAGGAGCAGCAGAAGAAGUGUUUUAAGAGCGCCACGCUGAGCUCGCUGGAGCUGCAGAUGCUGACCAGCUCCUGUGUGAAACAGCAGGCUGUGCACCCUAUUCCCCUGAGCAUCUACAGAGAGGAUUCGGAGUCUCCUGGACUGUACGGCUUCCUGAACGUGAUCGUCCACUCUGCCUCCGGACUCAAGCAGAGCCUGAACCUGUACUGCGCCUUGGAGGUGGACUCGUUCGGCUACUUCACCAACAAAGCCAAGACCCGGGUGUACCGGUACACCACCGAGCCCAGCUGGAACGAGGAGUUUGAGAUCGAGCUGGAGGGCUCCCAGAUCCUCAGGCUGCUCUGCUACGAGAAGAACUACAGCAGAACCAAGCUGAAUAAGGAGGACGGGGAGAGCACAGACCGCAUUAUGGCCAAAGGGCUGAUCCAGCUGGAUCCGCAGACGCUGCAGGGUAAAGACUGGCAGAGGACGGUCAUCGCCAUGAACGGGAUCGAGGUGAAGAUCUCCAUGAAGUUCACCAGCCGCGAGCUGAGCCCGAAGAGGCGGUCGUCGGAGAAACCGAUGGGCGUGUUCGGCGUGAAGAUCUCCGCGGUAACCAAGCGCGAGCGCUCCAAGGUCCCCUACAUCGUGCGGCAGUGUCUGGAGGAGAUAGAGAGGCGGGGCCUGGAAGAAGUGGGCAUCUACCGUGUUUCUGGCGUAGCCACCGACAUUCAGGUCCUGAAGGCUGCCUUCGAUGCCAAUAAUAAGGACGUGUCGGUGCUGAUGAGCGAGAUGGACGUGAACGCCAUCGCCGGGACACUCAAGCUGUACUUCCGCGAGCUUCCGGAACCCCUGUUCACCGACGAGCUGUACGCCAACUUCGCCGGCGGCAUCGCUCUGUCGGACAGCGUGGCGAAGGAGAGCUGCAUGCUGAACCUGCUGCUGUCCCUGCCAGAGCCCAACCUGCUCACCUUCCUGUUCCUGCUGGACCACCUGAAGAGGGUGGCUGAGAAGGAGUGCAUCAACAAAAUGUCCCUCCACAACCUGGCAACGGUGUUUGGGCCUACCCUGCUCCGCCCCUCGGAGAAGGACAGCAAGAUCCCCACCAAUCCCACGCAGCCCAUCAGCAUGGGUGACAGCUGGUCCCUGGAGGUCAUGUCACAGGUUCAGGUUCUGCUGUACUUCCUACAACUUGAGACAAUCCCCACCCCUGACAGUAAACGACAGAGCAUCCUCUUCUCCACAGAGGUGUAGACACAUUCUUUUGUGUGAGACUUUUUUUUAGUCAAGGACACUGGAGAGAGAGAGAGAAAAAAGGAAGAGAACGAGAAAGAGAGGGAGAGGGCCUGGAGUGGAACCUUUCUGCGGAUGAAUGGCAGUUUCACUGGACCUCAGCUGCGGGAGCACAGCCCUGUCAGGAUUGCAACACAAUAUAAAGACAUGAAGAAGAACUACAUCCCUGAAAUCAUAUUUAUGAUAACUGUCAUGCCAUUUCAUAGACCAUCGGGUUCUGUCUUGUCUUACGCAGGAUGGCAUAUGCAGAAAUCCAUAUCCUGGGAUUCAUAUCUCAUAUUUCCCCACCAUGCUGCUCUUGCUUGGUUUCACUCUUCAUUCCUAACCUAGAAAAUUAACGGCUCCUCUUGACGGUACCUGAUCCGAUUUUCAGUAAAACUUGACGUUUCCACACGGAUUUCUGUCAACAUCAAUAUUCUACUUCAUAAAACAUUAAACAGAUUGGAUGGUUAAAUUAGACUGCAGAGAUGCUGGCUAGAGUUUGGAAGGUCUCUGAAGAAGAAAAAAAACGUUGCGAUAGAAAAGGAACGAGUCUUAAAACGAAAGGAGUUAGUUCCACUUUUGGUGAAGCUGUGCAGAUUUUUCCACUGCAUGUCCUUCUGGGCUUGUGCCCGUUUAAUAUGUAGGCCAAGGUAGUAGAUUAGGAUCUGCUUCAAUCAUAUUGAUUAUUAUUCCUGAAUCGUUAAAAAUACACAAAAGCAGGAGUGAACCACAUCGUCGUUAUUAUUGUUUCGCAAAUCGCUCCUCAAAAUGUACGCUGUUAUAAGACUUCCUGGGAAAACAUUUUGUAGCCGGGGAGACAAUGACUUGCACAUUUAUGGUAUGUACGUGUUCUGUUGUACAUAAUUUGAAAAUUGUGCAUUUCUAUUUUUUGAGUACGUGGCGUCAUCCUUAUUGUGAAUAACAGUUGAAGACAGUUUGAGACCGUUUAAGCUUGUGUACUGUGUGUUUUCAUUGGUUGGUGGCUCCUCCCACAUUCAGUGCACACGGGUGCUUUUUGUCGUGAUUAUCAGGGCCCUUCGGGUGUCACUCUGCUCAGAUCUUCCAGGGAUUACUGUCGCCUGCGCAUUGGAAUAAGCUAUGGAAAUCUGGAGGGAGCGAGGGAGAGAAUGAGAGCGAGAAAGCGAGAGAACGAGAGAGGGCGAGAAAGAGGGAGAGAGGGGGUAAACUUAGUUGCAUGUCAUUAUUUAUUUUUCAUUUAAUCAGAAGACGACUAUAUUAGAAUGGUUAAAAUGGUUAUUUAUGCAUCUCUAACAUGCAGGCAUGUUAAGUAGUAUUUUUUUAUGUUUACAUUAUUAUUAUUAUUAUUUUAUUAUUAAGGUAUGACCCACAGACGUCCUGAAUUUAUGUGACCCAUGGAAAUGAAGUUUUAUUUAUGGAGGGUGAUGUUUAUCAAUACCAAUGGUGAGCAGAACAAAAUGGCGAAUUCCCUACAACAAUGAAUAACGCUUCACCAUUACUCACCGUUAUAUGGUCACAUGCCACAGAACCGCGACUACUGGUUGUAGCCUAAUGAUCGGUGAAUACCAUAGAAUAGUGAAUACGGUUUGUGAAUUUAUCGAAGCUGCACGGUGUCUGCGCAGGGGACUAAAUAUACUGUAGGAACCCAAUGCCGGUAGGACACUGGCAACCCUGCAAUCCGGGAUAUUUCCAUCUUGGUUCCUUCUGGUAUUUUUCCCCUUCUGAUCGUUCAUUUCGCGGUCAAACCAUCCCGUCCACACACACACCCCCACCCUCCCUUGUGGAUCAUUUGAAUUCACUUUGUUUUCUUUUGAUAUGCACCCCAACCAUCAAGAUGGCGCUCAGAGACAGAUAAGCACUGAGCCCGGCUCUGGCUCUCUCCACCCAUCUGAGAUGGAGGCUGUUCUGUUCGGAAUGUUCGGGCCCCAGUGGAUUGCCCAGCUUCAGCGAUAUUUGGGGACGUUUCUCUUUCCUUCGCUGGUGCCACGCUCAUCGACCUCAUUCUGGCUGCCCACUGUGGUGACGUGCCGCUCCACAAGAGUGAGGUCAUUUCCUGUUAAUGUACCGUACUGCUCGCCUGAGCGGCUGAUUAAGACGCACGUUAAGAAGUAGGAUGAUAGAGUAUUGAAUGUCCUAGCAAGGUCACAGAGGGAAUGUUUAUUGGUCAUUUACUGAUAAUCAAAAGUUUUUAAUGUUAAGAUAUUAUAAUAAUGAUAUAUGGAAGAGUUAGAGUAACUUGGAUGAAUGGGAGGGUGCUGAGGUUGCAGACCUGUGUGGGUGGGUCCUGCACAGAUCUGUGAUCUGUGCGAGUAGGAGACCUGGCACAAAUACGUAUUCGUUUUGGAUUCAAAUACUUGUCUGCGCUCUAUUGAUCUUGCCUGGUGUAACUGACCCUCCAAUAUGACCAGAAGGCGGGGUUUGCACUUUCUGAGAGUAUUCCAUUGGUUUCAAUACGCCAGACGAGAUCAGUGACGUGUAGAAAAAGAAUUUGAAUCCAAAACGAAUGCGUAUUUGACCCGGGUCUGGUGAGCAGGCCGUGUGCUGCCGCGGUCCGGUUAUCCUCUCUCCCGCUCCGUACCGGCAGUCACCGGUCACUCUCAGACGUCUUGCUUUAUGUACUAGCCGUGCCAGCGAACAGAUUUAGCCGUUCUCAUCCCCCCCCCCCCUCCCCCCGUCUAUCUCCAUUGUCGUAUGUUAUUCUCAUCGGGUAGCUCUUUAAAGGGAUUCUGUACAGGGAAGAGGGGGAGAAUGAAAAGGGAGAUGUGUGGAACACGUUUGUAGCCUCUGUUUGUACACGAGCUGUUAAAUAAAAACUCCUGUAUGUA